AUGCAAGAAAACAAAGCUUUCCUACCGGAAGGCACUUCACCAGAAACAGCAUACCAAGGCGCACAGCUGAAUAGCAUGGAUAUGGCAUCUACCACAUCAAAAUGGAAUCCAAUGGGCUGGCAAAAGAAAUGGAAAAUUACAGCAGUCGUCGCCGCGAUCAUUGCCAUUAUCGUUAUUAUUGUUGCAGCAGUAGAGGGCACCAAACAUCACAAGUCAAAGAAUUCCUAUCCGGAUUACCACGCACUGAAUUAUACCCUCGAGGAUCGAUGGCAGGGAACCAACUUCUUCGACAACUUUGAAUAUCAUUCUACAGCCGAUCCUGCCAAUGGCUUUGUCAACUACGUGGAUCAAGCUACUGCCAUAUCCACCAAUUUGACUUACGCUGGCGACUCAUCUGCUUUCUUGCGAGCAGACUCUACGGAUACCAAUGCAAAGAACGGUCGCAAUUCUGUACGCAUCACGUCUAAGAAGCAAUUUCACUCCGGUCUCUUUGUGUUCGACAUUAAGCACACCCCAUAUGGCUGUGGAACAUGGCCUGCUGUUUGGUUAGCGGACCCAAGCGACUGGCCUGGAAAUGGAGAAAUCGACGUUGUUGAAACCGUCAACCAAGGAAACACUGGAAACCAGAUGGCUCUACAUACAUCCAAAGGGUGCAAGAUGAAUGCACGGCGCGCUCAGACCGGCACUGUCCAUGGGACCAACUGCUACAAUGGCACGAACGACAAUGCUGGUUGCGCAGUGAUGGGAGCUUCCAGCUCGUACGGCGCUGAAGCCAACGACGACGGUGGUGCUGUCUACGCAAUGGAGCUUCGCGAUGCUGGCAUUCGCAUGUGGAUCUUCAACCGCGACUCGCCUCCUGGAGAUCUCAGACCAAACAACGACACUACUCCUGACCCCUCAACAUGGGGUCUGCCCAUUGCCGACUUCCCUAGCACUGAUUGUGAUGUUGGAUCUCACUUCAAGAACCAAUCAAUCAUUGCAAACAUCGACUUCUGCGGCUCUUGGGCUGACAGUGUUUACUCGACUCAGUUCAAAUGUCCUGGAAAGUGCGAGGAUUUUGUCGCAACCAAUGCUACAGCUUUCGAAAAGGCUUACUGGGAAUUUGCAAGCUUUAGAAUUUACUCGACGGAUAAGUAA